ACCGGGACCUCAGAGGAAUCCCGAGGAAAGGUGGAACUAGGUUUGGCGUUGGGAGAGCGUUCGCGCCCUCCUAUUUCGGGAAAGAAUAUGGGUUUCCAUAGUUACCUCCGCCGCGCGUGACGUCAUCGUUGAGGGCUAAGAGGGCGUGGUUGGGGGGGCUCGGGCAUUCCUGCUUGCGGAGAUUACAGGGUCACUGGUAAGAGGAGUGGCCUGACCCAGUCGGGCAAGGCGAGGAAGGGUGGCAUCUGUCUUGGAUCGGCUGCGUUCUGCCAGAAGAAGACUGCCCCACGGUCCGCCCCUGACUCCUGCUUCUCAUGGGAGGAGUAAUCUGCCUUUUCGCAGGAAAAGUGGGGACAUCCCGGCAUCCUCAUGAAAUUUACUCACGCAGUAAAUAUUUAGUGUUUCCUGUGUAGCGGGGAGGCCGCGAAGCCAAUAUUGAAACCAAUAUCUCGUUCUAGAAUGAGAGAGAAGACAGCAAAUCAGGCAGUUGUAAGACUGUAAAGUGCCUCAAUUUGAGAAACACAAGGAGAGCUCUUUAAACUAAAAAAGGCCUUUCACAGAGCAGAAGUGGGAUUCUGAUCAUACAUUUUAUCUCAGGAUGACAACAGAAUCAAAGAAAGCUGCAGCUCAGAACCUUCAAGAGGAUGAAGAACUUCUGAUAGUGAAGAUUGAAGAGGAAGAUUUUGUCUGGAAGCAGGACACUUGCUUACAGAGAAGUGAUACCCUCAGGCAGGAGCUCUGCCGGCAGCUGUUCAGGCAGUUCUGCUACCAGGAUUCCCCAGGACCCCGCGAGGCACUGAGCCGGCUGCGAGAGCUCUGCUGUCAGUGGCUGAAGCCAGAAGCCCACACCAAGGAGCAGAUCCUGGAGCUACUGGUGCUAGAGCAGUUCCUGACCAUCCUGCCAGGGGAUCUACAGGCUUGGGUGCAUGAACGUUACCCAGAGACUGGAGAGGAGGCAGUGACCAUACUGGAAGAUUUAGAGAGAGGCACUGAUGAAGCAGUACUCCAGAUUCCAGUCUGUGGACAUGGACAAGAACUAAUCAGGAGAAAAGUGGCACCCCCUGGACCACCACUUAGUGUCCAGUUCCAGCCAGCGAACACCAAGGUCCUUCAUGGUGCUUCAGAACCCCAACUCCUACUGGACCGUGAUAAUGAGAGUGAAAACAGUGGAUCCAUGCCAAAGCUGGAAAUUUAUGAGAGAAUGGAAUCGCAGAGAAUUAUAUCAGGAAGAAUUUCAGGAUUUGUGUCAGAAGGAUCUGCUGAGCCUCAAGACAUCUGUAAGUCUACAGGCAGGUUAAAGAGACAACAGGAAAUAGAAUCAGGGGAGUCUCAAAAACCAUCAUCAGCUCAGGAUGGAGGUUUUAGUAAAAUCCUCACCCACAAAAAUACACUUACAGGUGAAAUAAUAAGUCAUGAUUGUUGUGAGAGAAGCUUAAAUCUGAACUCAAAUGAAUUUUCACACCAGAAAUCUUGUAAACACAGUACCUAUGACCAAAGUUUCAAAUGGAAUUCAGAUUUUAUUAAGCAUCAAAGAAUUUAUGCUGGAGAAAAAAUUCACCAAUAUGGAAAAUCUCUCAAGAGCCCAAACCUUAUUAAACAUGCAGCAAUUUUCAGUGGAGAGAAAACCCAUCAGUGUAAUGAAUGUGGGAAAGCUUUCAGACACAGCUCAAAGCUUAUUAGGCAUCAGAGAAUCCACACUGGAGAGAGACCUUAUGAAUGUAAUGAGUGUGGGAAAGGCUUUGGGGGGAGCUCAGAUCUUAUUAGACACCAGAGGAUUCACACUGGGGAAAGACCCUUUGAAUGCAAAGAAUGUGGGAGAGCAUUCAGCCUGAACUCACAUCUUAUCCUGCAUCAGAGAAUUCACACCAGAGAGAAACCCUAUGAAUGUAGUGAAUGUGGGAAAACCUUCAGAGUGAGCUCACACCUUAUUCGACACCUGAGAAUCCACACUGGAGAGAAACCCUAUGAAUGCAGUGAGUGUGGGAGAGCCUUCAGUCAGAGCUCACACCUUAGUCAACAUCAGAGAAUUCACAAGAGGGAAAACCUAUUAAUGUAAAGAACUUAAAUUCAUAAGGAAAUAGAAAAACGUGAAAAACAUUGAAUAAAAGAUAAAUACUGGGUGAGAUGAAUGACUGUAAGACCAAUGUCUCUUUAUUCUCUCUCUCAUUCUCAGUUUUCUGUUCUGCAUAUGAUCUUCACCUCUGUGUGUCUGCUUUCUGUGAGACAGUGGAUGUACCUCUUCCGUUGACUGCUAAAAUCAAACCAAAAUAGCAGAAUUUGGGGGAGGCUAAUAAAUGGGUUAGUCUAUGGCAAUGAAAAUAAAAAAGAGGACGCUCUUGGGAAAUAACCAUGAUUACAGUGUGGGGGGAAGAAGAUUCAGGUAAAGAGACUGAUCAUCAACUCUAGUUAAUGAUUCUCCACAAGAGGAGGUAGGCUAAGCCCAGGAGUGGAAUAGCUUGAGCAACGUACUGCAGAACAGUUCUUUUGGAAGAUUCCUUUAAAGAAUGAAGACACAGCACAACUAAAUUAGACAGUCAUGUCAAACAAGAGGACAUAUGCAGUGGUGGCAUUCCAAUAUGUAAGCCAAAAUCUGUGUUCAGAGGUCAUGCCAGGAAGUGAACAACUGGAAGAGCAUUUAAAGCAAGAGACCAUAAUCCAGAGAUUCAAAUAAGACAGGAGGGGAAUAGAAGCAAAUUAGGCAACAGCUAGGGUUAGAGGUAAGGAAAGGUGUUCAAAUUGAACUAAACCUUAGAAUUUGGAGGAGAUACACAGUAGUAUAACUGGGAUUUUACUGCCACGUACGCUGUGGGGUUUUUGGCACCUUCCUGGGUAGGUGGAUAGAGAGUGUAGUUCUGGGGAGCUCUCUUGACAGAAAUAGGGUUCUCUGGCUACUGACAAUUGUGGAAGAGGGCUGAAGGAAUUAGUACUAAAAAUAUAGGUCCCGAAACUUUAUUUCAUUGCUGCUGGCUGCUAUUCUCUCCAAAAAAGACCUAGAGGAGAGUGUAGAAAGGGUAGGUAUCUGAGAGAAGAGUGGAGAGGAAUCUGCAACAAGUUGGAACUCUACCAAUGAUUUCAGGAUAUAAAGGUGAAUCCUGCUCUACUUCUUUUACCUUUUAGAUGAGGCACAUUUGAACUAAUGUGAGAAAUAAAAACAUAUUUAAGGCCUAAAUAUUCUAUAGUAUAUAAUGCUUUUAUAUGAAAACUCUGGCUAGAAACAGAACUCCCAUAUGAGAAGUAUAAUCUAAUGAACAAAAUUUUCCACUAAGAGGCUUUAUAAAAAAAGUCUUAGCAUUUAUUUUUCAAUGACCUUGAACUAGAAAUGUCCUGAUAGGAUCUAAAUAACCCAAUAUUUGUUUUAAGGUAAUGUUGAACCCAUAGUUUCUUUUUACAGGCACUGUGCUGAUAAAACCUGUCUCAUGAUUGUACAAAUGCUGUUAUUUUUACCAUUUUAUUUUAUUUUAUUUCCCAUUUUAUAGUUGAGAAAACUGAGCUGUAAAGUAUCUGGCACAAGACACAUAGUAAAUGGUGGAAGCGGGAUAUAAACACACAUACUAUUCCAGUGCCCUAGUUCUUAACCUUAACCUUGACUAUGUCACUGACAGUAUGACAACGGGAUAUAAAAUUAGAAAAGACAGUACUGGGGAAUUCCCUGGUGGCCCAGUGGUUAGGACUUGGCACUUUCACUGCAGGGGGGCCGGGAUUCAAUCCCUGGUCCGGGAAACAAGAUCCCGCAACACAAUUUUAAAGUUAGGGGGAAGGGGUUUGUAUAUCACCCUUUUAGAACACUAAUUCACCAUACAUUUUAAAAUCAAGGCGGCAGCAGGGACCUGGUAGGCUAGGCAGCGACUUUGCCCUGAAGGCCCCGAGAGACUACCACGAAGACUACCACCCGCCUGGUUAGCGGGCAUUUGGGCUUGUGUGGCCGGGGGGCUGUUGCCCAGGGUUUCAGAGCUUCUGUUGAGGUUCAGGAACAGGAUUCCAGAGGUGAAGGCGGCAGCUACAGGAAGGGGCUGCGACUUCAGAUUGCCCCCCCUCACACCACACCACACACAUGCACACUCACACACCUGUCUAUGUUGCUAGUGAACGUCUGCACACCAUUUGAUCAUUUACUGAUCAUGAUCAGAAGUCUUAUCUGUAGAUUUAUUUGUAGUAGAAAACACCAGCAUGCUUGGUUUGGUAUUUCUGAUUUCAUCCCUUUGUGGCCAAGCUUCACGUUGUUUCCAAAUUAUAAAUUGUAUUGUUUGUCUUGCCAAGUUUGUGCUUUCUGUCACAUGUGACAAAAUUCACCAGAAUUGUCAGUUUUCCUUUUGAAUUAAUAUUUUAGUGGUUCAUUCAAUGAGUUUCAAGAUGACUAGUCUUCUUUUAACCUCAGUUAAAGAUUUCAGUAACCCUUGGCAUUUCUCUAUGUUAGUAAUGAUUUAUUUUGCCUUAGGAAUGACCCCAACAAAUCAGCCCCAGGGACAACCCCCUUGAAGCAGAGACUGCCAUAUACUCCCAACCCUUGGAGUAAGAGUUUACUCAAACUGUCAUAGGCCAUACUGGCUGCAGCUUUGGCUAUUAAAUAUCAAAAGGAACAGAAUAGUCUCCUGACAGUAAAAGAGGAGGACAACACUACUGUGGGAGCAAGGCUGCAAACCUUCAGUCUCUACUCACCCUGACUAGAUAUAUUAGUCUCCGUGUUUCUACUACCUCUUGAGGAUGGAAUAAGACUGUGCACAUUCUUUGUCUAUUGUACGCCCUGAGAACUGUUCCCUAAGAUGUCUUUCUAAGGUAUUAACUCUUGUUCAUUCAUUGAGUCUUUCACACCCCAACCAUAUCU